AUGGAAUGGGACAGAAAAUCUCUUGAGAGAAAUCGGAGUGGUUCCCUCUCUCAUAGUCCAGAUCAGAGGAGUCAUUCUGCUUUUCGGCCUGCAUCUCGCAGAACACCACCCAUAACCAGAGGAUGUCUCAAUGCCAUUGGUGGAGCAAGAGAUUCUGGUCCUGCCUACCAACAUCUCCAGGAAGUAGACAGCUCAGAGAGGGAGUCAGUGAGAAGGAACAAUUCCGGCCCUGGCAAUGACCUACAUCAAGAUUCCUUUUACAAUAUGCAAGCCUCACAAUCCUCAAAAUCUUGGAGCAGCCAUUUAGACCACAGGUGCGCUAGGAGCCUCAGGUCAGGCGGCCCUAGCCAAAGUCCUCCUGCUCCUUACCGUCCCUGCUCUAUCCCAAUCAUUCCCUCUGUCCACUCCUACCAGGAUGAGGUCUCAUGUAUGCAAACCGCCCCUACUGAUGGAAGCAGCCGUUCUAGUCCUCUGGAAAGCACAGCUGAUGCUCCAGCUGUCAAUCAACAGUCCAGCGUAAUGGUCUCCAACCGAGUGGCUGGUAGACGGGAGGAAGUGGCCUCACUACUCGACGAGGCUCAGGAACAACUCAGAGCACUAGCACAUGCCCAGAGGAAACAGGAGGACAUCAGUAGCUCUGUCCCUCAGGGGGCCAAAGAGACUGUGUGCAUCCUUUUAGCAAAUGGGGGUGGACAAGGGGGAGUGGUCUCUUUUGGGCCCACGGAGACUCAGUUAGUGAGCCCCAGAGACAUGCACAAAGAUGCCACAAAGACUGGCUAAUGAGAAGCGGUUGACAGGACUAACCACAAAUGUCCCGUGUGUCUUGAGGCUUCAGAAUUCUCUGCCAAAAUUGGGAUACCACUGCAAGCUACCAUUAAAUUUCUGAGGACCUGCUGUGAGUAGAAGCGUGGGAGAGUGACAGUCUCGAACAUGUGAAAAGAUAAUUUAUUUAUAUGCAUUUAUUUAAGGAGAAACUUCUACUUAGAAAAAGAAACCAAAUAGUCUGUCAUCUCC